AUGUCAAAGGUCGGCGCGAGAAGACCACAGGCGGAGAUGGAGGUGGCUCGGCCUGAGGCCCCACGGUUCGAAAGGGUGACAUGGUACAGGGAGCCUCACCUGCGGAAGCUGUAUGCCAUGUCUCUGGUGCUCAUGAUCGCCUCCGCGACAACGGGCUACGAUGGGAUGCUCGUCAACACCUCGCAGCAGAUCCGUCGCUGGGAGGAGUAUUUCGGGUUGGACAUCGACGACAACAACAAGCUCGGUGUCUUGAUCAACAUGUUCAACAUCGGGUCCAUUGUGUCCUUCUUUAUCACCCCAUACGUUGCGGACAACUAUGGCCGAAAGAACGCCAUCAUUGCGGGCUGUAUAUUCAUGAUCGGCGGAGGGUGCCUCACUGCGUUCUGCGACGGCUACGCGCUCUACAUCACGGGACGGUUCCUCCUGGGCUUUGGAAACUCCUUGGCGCAAAUGGCCUCGCCCCUUCUGUUGACCGAAAUCUGCCACCCACAGCACCGUGGCCCAGUCACUGCCAUCUAUAAUUGUCUUUGGAACCUCGGUGCUCUUCUUGUCUCGUCCAUCGGAUGGGGAACAGCCUAUAUCGAUAACGAUUGGUCGUGGCGGUCCAUCACACUGAUACAAAUCGUUCCCUCUGUCAUACAAAUCACAUUCAUCUGGUGGCUACCAGAGUCGCCGCGAUAUCUGGUCAACAAAGACCGGAACGAGGAAGCUCUGAUCGUCUUGUCAAAGUGUCAUUCUGGCGGAGACAUUCACGACGCUGUCGUGCAGUUCGAGUUCCAGGAAAUCAAGCAAACCAUCCAAAUGGACAGGGACGCUGACAAGGCGACAUCAUACCUGGACUUCAUGCGCACCAAGGGCAACAGGUGGCGGCUUGCCAUCAUCAUUUCCCUGGGCAUAAUCUCGCAGUAUUCGGGCAACGCUCUCUUCUCCAACUACAUGAAUACCAUCUACGAAGGUGCCGGCAUCACUAUGCAGAGCCAGAAGCUUGCCAUGUCCACCGGCAAGACAAUUCUCGAUCUGGUUGUGACCAUCGCGGCAGCCCUCAACGUUGACCGAUUCGGCCGGAGACCACUGUUUCUGAUCUCUACUAGCGGCAUGGUGGUCGCAUUUGCGGCAUGGACGGCAACCGGCGCGAUCUAUGAGAACUCCAAUCUGACCAACAUCCAGAGCGGCUAUGCACAGCUUGUUUUCAUUUGGCUCUUCGGCAUCUUCUACGACAUUGGCUUCUCCGGGUUGCUUGUCGCUUACGCGUUAGAAAUCCUCCCGUUCCAUCUACGUGCCAAGGGCAUGAUGAUCAUGAACAUUACCGUGCAAGCUGUCCUUGCCGUUGGGAAUCAAACCAACAAGAUCGCCUGGGACAGUUUCCCCCGCCACUGGAUGUUUAUGCUCUUCUACACGUGUUGGGAUGUGGUUGAACUGAUUUUUGUCUGGCUCUUUUACGUCGAGACGAAAGGCCCAACGCUUGAAGAAAUUGCGCGCAUAUUCGACGGUGACGACGCGGUGGCACACAUUGAUCUGAAUGAAAUCGCAAAAGAGCUUCACGGUGACCACUACGAGGAGGCUCAUUUCGAGGCAUAUCGACACAAAAAGGGCCCAUCUGCCCGAGAGAGGUACUAUUCAUAG